UCCAUGUUGCAGACUGACAAGGCUUCAAUGCUUGAUGAAGUGAUUGAAUAUCUGAAGCAAUUGCAAGCGCAAGUUCAUGUGAUGAGUAGAAUGAACAUACCAGCGAUGGUGUUGCCAAUAUCAAUGCAACAGCAACUCCAGAUGUCGAUGAUGGCUCCAAUGGGCAUAGGAAUGGGGAUGGGUAUGGGACUAGGUUUCAUGGACAUCAACACCCUCAGCCGCCCGAACAUGGCCGGAAUCUCACCCAUCAUGCCCGCCAAUCCAUUCAUGCCUAUGACUUCCAGUUGGGACAGCUCCGCCACUGGCCGGUUACAACCUUCCCCGGCAUCAGUGGUGCCGGACCCUUUGUCCCCUUUCCUAGCUUGCCAAUCACAGCCAAUGACCCUGGAUGCUUACAGCAGAAUGGCAGCUAUAUAUCAGCAAAUGCAACAACAACAACAACAACAACCGCCGGCUUCUAAUUCUAAGAGUUGAUUGAGCAUCCGCAAAUCCUAAAGUUUUUGUGUUCUCUUUGAAUUUGUAAUAUGGCUUCAAAAAACCGACAGCUUUGAAUGGAAUUGAAACACUCGACUAUGUUCAUGUAUGCUGUGUGUAAAAGUCUAUCAAAGAUUCAAUCCAUUAAUUCUAAACU